UGUUGUUGGUUGGUUGUGCCGCCGUACGGCGUCGUCUCCUUCCGUUAAAGUUAAGCCGUUUCCAUUAAUCAAAUCAAAUUUAAUCAAACUGUCUUCAUUCUCGUCUCUAUCCCGAUACGACCCCGUUUCGAUCUCCCCAUUCUCAACGACCCUCAAUCGUAAUCCCUAAUUCAGCACAAUGGCAUCUUCUUCGGACUCAUGGAUGAAGGAAUAUAAUGAAGCAACAAAACUUGCUGAUGAUAUCAACGGUAUGAUAUCUGAAUGGAGUACAUUGCCCGCAGGUCCAGACACUCAGCGUCAUGUCUCUGCUAUACGGCGGAAGAAUACAAUAUUGGGGACUAGACUUGAUAGCUUACAGUCCCUUUUGUCAAAACUCCCUGAAAAACAGCAUAUAACAGAGAAAGAGAUGAACCGUCGGAAGGAUAUGAUAGGAAAUUUAAGGUUGAAAGUUAAGCAGAUGGCUUCAACAUUGACGUCCAACACUGCCAACCGAGAUAGCUUGCUGGGAUCAGAAAUAAAUAAAGCUGAUGCCAUGGGAAGAACAGUUGGCCUAGACAACUACGGCCUUGUUGGUUUGCAACGACAAAUUAUGAAAGAGCAAGAUGAGGGGCUCGAGAAAUUGGAGGAGACUGUAGUAAGCACAAAACAUAUUGCAUUGGCAGUCAAUGAAGAAAUUGACCUACACACUAGACUUAUUGAUGACUUGGAUGAUCAUGUGGAAGUUACAGACUCCCGGUUACGGCGGGUGCAGAAAAACUUGGCAGUUUUGAACAAGCGCACAAAGGGUGGUUGCUCCUGCAUGUGCAUGCUUUUAUCUGUCGUCGGGAUAGUGGUUCUGAUUGCCGUGAUAUUUUUGUUGAUCAAAUACUUGUAAUAGUACCAACUAUAAGUCUACACCGAGUAUGAAGAUCUCCUGUUUGUGUGUUUUGAUGUUGUUGCCGUGAUAUUUUUGUAACGUUCGAUUGUUUAUAAAUGUUUUAUGUGUUUUCUUGCUUGGAA